UUUUUAAAUGAGAAACGUUUAAAGCUGACCGCAAUCGUCUAAAGUUCGUGCAUGAAUUCAGAUUUUUUGUACACUUUAAAUAGUUAAAAAAAUUGUCAGACUCUCAAAAACCCAUGUUUGUACGGAUGAGGUGCCAUUUUUCACAUUGUACGCUAAGAAUUAAAAUUUGCUGAUCCAAUACAACUGUUCUCGCAUGCGUAUUAUGUCAGACGCGCACGAUGUUACAUCACGCGCAUAAUUUUGAACGUAUCGUACAGUUCGAUGUAUCGAUCUAUCGAGAAUCGUUCGUUCAAUUUAACCUUUAAACACGCCACUGUCGAGUGAUGAAAGUGCAAUUCAACUAUUUGUUAGAAAACCUAUCAACGCGAAAGAUAUUUGAUAAACAGUUGUGCGAUUGAUAAGAGAAUAUUGCGAGUUGAUCGUUAUUGUUGUAACAGUAAACUGUCAGGACAGUAGGUGUCAUUUCGGCUUCUUGCUGGUUUGAAGCGCAACGCUGCUUCAAGAUGUUGCGGUUGCUAAAUUUAUCAAGAAACUCGACUUUGAUGCGCACAUAUGUGCAACAACAACACAUCACACAUCACACAUUCCAUUCAUCGUCGAGUACCAGAUCAAGCGGACUACAUCCAAGAGGAAAUCUGGUGCAAAAUGAACUGGGUAGAUUCAAGAAAGGCCAAAUUCUUCAUGGCUUUGAGGUAGACGAGGUCGCAAGGAUAGACGAUCUAUUCCUUACUGCGGUGAGGCUAACUCACAUGUCUACGGGCGCGCAGUAUUUGCAUUUGGCCAGGGAUGACAGCAACAACGUGUUCUCCAUCGGAUUUCGCACGACUCCUAUGGACUCUACGGGUCUACCUCAUAUAUUGGAGCAUACCACUCUGUGCGGCAGCGAACGAUACCCCUGUCGAGAUCCGUUCUUCAAGAUGCUGAGGCGAUCCCUGGCUACGUUCAUGAAUGCCAUGACCGGCCCGGAUUACACCAUAUAUCCGUUCUCGACACAGAACCUGAAGGAUUAUCGCAAUCUGCAGUCGGUCUAUCUAGAUUCCGUCUUCAAGCCAAAUCUGCGAGAGCUGGACUUUCGGCAAGAGGGAUGGAGGCUCGAGCAUACGGACGUAAACGAUAAGAACUCCCCCGUUAUAUUCAAAGGCGUGGUCUUCAAUGAGAUGAAGGGUGUCUUCAAUGAUAAUCAGGCCAUUCUGGCGGAACAUCUGUUGAAUUCGAUCCUACCAAGCCACACGUACUCGGUGAUUUCCGGUGGCGAUCCCCUUGUCAUACCUAGCCUGCAAUACGUUGAUCUUCUCAACUUCCACGGCAAGUACUAUCAUCCCUCCAACUCACGCUUCUACUCGUACGGGAAUUUCCCGCUGGAGGACCACUUGAAAUUCGUGAACGACCGAUACCUUUUCCUGUCGGACAGGAUAGACGCCUCUAUGUCGAGAGUACCGCCAGAGACGCGGUGGAAUGAAGCGAAAAAGGAACACGUUACGUGUAGACCCGAUCCGCUACUGGCAGAUCCUAGCAGACACGGCACCAUCGCCAUCGCGUACCUGUGCAACGACAUAACUGACAUACAGACGACUUUCGAGAUGUACGUGCUGUCGCAGCUUUUGCUAAAAGGCCCGAACUCGGCAUUCUACAAGUCUCUGGUCGAAUCGAACAUAAGUACUGGUUUUGGACCAGUCACGGGCUUCGAUUCGCAGUGCAGAGAUACUAUGUUUGUCGUAAGCCUGCAGGGUGUGAAGCCUGAAGACUUCGAGAGGGUUGAGAACAUUUUUGAUAGCACCGUGGAGAACGUUAUCGAGGAAGGAUUCGAGAAGGAUCACGUCGAGGCUGUCUUGCAUGGUAUUGAGCUUCAGGUGAAGCACCAAACGUCAAACUUCGGGCUGAAUAUUCUUUUCAAUUUGACGUCGUUGUGGAAUCACAACGGUGAUUUAAUACAGGCGCUGCGCAUCAACGACGCAGUCAAGAAGCUCACGUCGCGAAUGAGGGAAGACCCCAAGUACCUGCAGAGCUUGAUCAAGACUUAUCUCGGAGACAAUAAUCACAAGUUGACGUUAACGAUGUCGCCCGACGAAGGAUACGAGCAAAAUAAAGCGCUUGCCGAGCAGAAGUUGUUGAACGAGAAAUUGGAGGGACUUUCCAAGGAAGAGAGGGAGCAGAUAUAUGUCAAUGGAAAAAUCUUGCUCGCCGAGCAGCAGAAGAAGGAGGACGUAGGAGUCCUACCCACAUUGAAGAUAGAAGAUCUGAAGGCCGACGUGGACAGAUACGCGACGUCCACUGUCGAGGUAUCCGGAGUACCGCUUCAACUAUCCGUGCAACCGACGAACGGGAUUUCUUAUUACCGCGGCAUACUCAACACGCAGGCAUUGUCGAGCGAAUUGAAGCAGCUAAUACCACUAUUCAAUUACGUAGUCGCGAAGAUGGGCACGCGGAACUACGAUUACAGGAGCUUCGAUCAGAUGAUGCAGUUGAAAACCGGCGGACUAAGCUUCAUGAAUCACAUCGCCGAGCACAAGAAGAGUGAAUUGUCAUACGAGGAGGGAAUCCUCGUGGAGUCGUACUGCUUAGAUCGCAAUUCGGACGAUAUGUGGAAACUGUGGACAGAACUGUUCAACAACGUCAAGCUGACGGAUCUCCAGAGAUUCGAGACGCUCGUAAAGAUGAAGGCAGCCGAUCUGAUCAACGGCAUUUCACACGCUGGCCACAUGUAUGCGAUGAGCAGCGCCGCUAGUCUGAUCUCCCCGGUAGCUCGGGUAAAGGAGGGCCUCUCGGGAUUGCAGUACGUCACGAGGAUGAAGAGAAUCGCGCAGAUACGGGAUCUGACUCCCUUGAUGCACAAUAUGCAGGAAAUAGCCGAUCAAGUCCUGAGCAAGGAACACUUGCGAUCGGCCAUCAAUUUGUCUGCGGAGCGCAAGGACGAUGUUCUCGAUGGUAUCCGUGCGUUUUAUGAGUCAUUGAAGGGCCAGUCGAAAGAUCCAUAUAUCGUCAGCAGUGAUCAGAGCACUGACACGAUGGAAAGUGGCAAUCAUCACGUGCUGCCGUAUACGGUGAAUUAUUGCUCGAAAGCUAUUCUGACAGUUCCUUACACACAUCCAGAUUAUGCGCCGCUACGUGUGCUCUCUAAAUUGAUCAGUUCGAUAUAUCUGCAUCCGGAAAUCCGAGAGAAAGGCGGCGCUUAUGGCGGAGGCGCAAAGUUGACGACGGAAGGGAUCUUCUCCUUUUACUCUUACAGAGACCCAAACUCCACUCGUACCUUCGAUUUGUUCGACAGGACGUACGAUUUUCUAAUUGGGUAUCCGUUGCCUCAGAGCGACGUAGACGAAGCGAAGCUAGGAAUCUUUCAGCAAAUUGACGCUCCCGUGCCGCCGAGCAAUCGGGGCAUGACCAAUUUCACACACGGCAUCACGGACGAUGAUCUGCAAAGGCAAAGGCAGCAACUGAAAGCUGUGACAAAGGAGCAGCUUCUGCACGUAGCUGGGAAGUAUCUGAAACCUGGUGGAGAAGGUGCCAGGAUUGGUCGUUCGUUGAUCGGACCUACAAAUGUCGAUAUCAAGAACAGACACGCAGAAAAUUGGACGGUGUUGAACCAGGAAGAGGCCGACCAAGCACGAGCCACCGAAUGAAUGGAUGAAUAGUCAAAGAAUUUUUAUUACUUUCGUAAUGAAGUGUUUCAUUCUAUAUUAUGUUGUCAUUGUUAUGUGAUCACUAGACGUAUUCUGUAACAUGUCACAUGAAUUUUAUUUUACAUGUAUUAAAUUAAAAAUUUAAAUAUUGACAUCACUAGUACAUAGCGCUCGUUAAACGGAUAUGACAUAAUUUAUGCUAUUUUGUAUAUUAAAUAUAUUCCAUAAAAAUGGGAUAA